CAGCAGAAGUGUUGAGCGCGGACCGUGGAUGAGUUGCAGCGGCACAGACCGCGAGCUGCGGACCGCAGACUCCGGAACUCCCGCGGAGAAGCUGCUGCGUCUGAAACGCUCGCUCACAUUUAUGCGGAGUAAAAGUGUGGACAACUUCUUCCAGCGUUCUCAGAGCGAUGCUUACCCACCAACAGAGCUCUUCUCUGGUGCCCUGCCUUCUUCCCCGCGCCUGUUUACUGGGCCUGCACCUGGUAACAGCAGUGUUGUUUUGCCCUCCCCCAGCAUCAGCUCUAGACCUGCUCCAUUUGUUGUACAGCCGCGACCAGCACAAACACACUCCUUCCUCGAGCAUGUGUUCCGUCGACCCACCAGCUGCAGUCUGUGUAAGCUCAUUAUUGCAGGCAACUCUAAACAGGGACUGCGCUGUAGAACAUGUAAGAUGGGAGCUCAUCUUUGGUGUGUCUCUGAAUUCACAGAGAAACCAUGCCAAGGAAAGUCUGGCAUGUUCAAGAGGAACUUAAGCACACCUGUACUGACCAAUGGUCAGUUAUAUGCUGUGAAGACACAGGAGUCAAAAGCUCAGCUGGACCCUGUGUAUGCUACACUCCGCUUUGGAACUUCUCUGGCCAACACCAGCCGAUCUAGCUUUGGGAGCUUCUGUGAAUCUCCGAGCCAAAGCCUGGAUGAAGAGGAUGGUCAGCAGAAGGAUGAGUAUGUGUCCACUGAGGGGGAGAAACUGACUGAAAACCAGAGGACAGAUGAAAGUGUCAGGUGUGGGCCUGAUCUGGGCCUCAGGAAUUUUGCUAUCUGGGUGCAUCAGAAGAAGCUGGGACAGAAUAACAGGACCAGAGAGCUGAGGACCAAGGUGGAGCUAGGGGUUGAGAAGACUGAGGCAGAGCUGGUGGGAGAAAGGACAGUGAAGCUGUUGGAGGGAUGCAGGAAUCCGGUUGAGCCACAGGAUUUGAGGACCCAGGCAUACCUGCAGGUCUUGAGGUCUGAGGUGGAGCCUGGAGGAUGA